CCCAGCUGCUAAACCCGCGACAAGGACAAACAGCUCAGAGUUGCCUCGCCUCGUCCAGCUUGAUCGCACUCGACGACCACACCACUCGCUCGCGCCGCCGGGGAUUGUUCUUGGAGAUCGAUCGGCCGAUUUGGUUUCCGUCGGCAUCGGGAGGGCGCUCCCUUCUUGUCUUGCCCACGCCGCAGGUUUCCGGCCGCGGAUCAAAAGUUCAAACAUGACGACGCUGUCGUCCGGCGUCCUCCUCAAGCUCCUGGACGGCAUGAAGACCGGCGCCUCCAAGCCCGUGGGCGAGCACCGGACGGCGGUGCUGCAGGUGACGGACAUCGUGCCGGCGGAGCUGGACGAGAAGGACCUGUUCCCCAAGCACGGCAAGUUCUACGUCAAGGUCUCCGACGCCUCGCACUCCAUCUAUGCCACGCUCCCGCUGGCGCAGGCCGACCUCGUCCUCUCCAACAAGCUCCACCUCGGCCAGUUCGUCCACGUCGACCGCCUCGACCCGGCCUCCCCCGUCCCCGUCAUCGUCGGCGCCAAGCCGCUCCCGGGCCGCCACCCGCUCGUCGUCGGCACGCCGGACCCCGGCGCCAAAGCCAAGCCCGCCGCGCCGCGCAGGGGGUCCUGGGGCCCCGAGCAGAACGCCAGCAUCAAGCCCACCACGCUCAACUUCGACGCCGAGAAGACGCCGGUCAAGGAGCGGCCGGCCUUGUCCGCGGCGACUCCUGUCAGGGAGCGUGUGGGCGCGGCGACUCCUGUCAGGGAGCGCGGGGUCGCCGCCACGCCUGCUAGGGAGCGCGUCACGGCUUCGCCGUCCCUGAGCUCUGCAUCGGUGAGGAAGAGCAGCAGCGUGGUGCCAAGACUGCUGACCAGGAGCAAGAGCUUCGUCGCAGACAGGGACCAGCAUCCCAAGAUCCCCAAGAGCCCAUUCCCCACGGAGAAGAGCUCCGUGAGCUGCACAACCUCGCGGGCGACGAGGAGAGUGGCGAAGGUGGAAGAGCCCUCCUCGCCUCCUUCCGAUGAUGAGCUCCGCAGCUCGGCGACGUCCUCCAAGAAGCGACCGUCGACGGCUGCUCGCGUGCCGGUGCCAGGGAAGCUCAGUUUACUUGGGAAGGACGCCAUUGAGCAGAGGGAGCAGGCGCAGAAGGCCGCUCUCGAGGCGCUGCGCAAUGCCUCUGCCACCGACAACGUAGUCAGGAUCUACAAGAUCUUCUCUGAGCUGAGCAAGACGGCGAGACCGGACACGCCGGCCUCCUGCUUCGACAGCUUUCUCAGCUUCCACCAGGAGGCCGUGCAGGCCGUCACCGACAUCGAGGCGAUCCAGGCGGCCACCUCGAUGGCCGCGGCCGUGGCGAGCGACGAGCUGCCCGAGGAUGCGCCGCCGGUCCUGCAGGAGAUAGCCCAGAACAGUGCGGUCGUGCGGCGGAGAGGCAUAGGCGGCGGUGGCGGCGUGUCCAAGUCCGUGUCGUUCGCGCCCGGCACGUUGGACCCGAGGCAGGAUGACGGCGGCGGCAAGACCGGCCGAAGCUCGAGUGCCAGCAGAAAGUGCCUCUCCAUGGACAAGAUCGGCGAGGACGGCGGCGACGAGAAGAGAUCGUCGUCUUCUUCUGCUCCUCCCUCUGCCACCACCACUGCCCACUCUGCUCUGGGCUCCUCGCUGAAGCUGGCGAAGCAGAUACAGGCCGAGGCGGGGAGCUGGUUCAUGGAGUUCUUGGAGGCCGCACUGGAGACCGGGCUCAAGAAGAGCAAGGCGUCGGCGACGGGGGACGGGCGGAAGCAGAACAGCUGCUGCUGCCCGCAGUCGCUGAUGCUGCGGGUGAUCAACUGGGUGGAGAUGGAGCAAAGCGGCGGCGACAGCAGCGGCAGGAGGCCCGCCCACCCCAGGGCGGCCGCCAUUGCACGGAAGCUCAGAAUAAAGGCAAAGAACCCUUGAUGCCCUGCUAACUAGUAAUCAGUGUUGCUCUGAUUCUUCUAGAACGGUAGCUGCUUGUGCUAGAAACUGUAGAAGGCAGCUGCCUCCAUUUUUUAGGAUUGUUUCAAGUGUUCUUGAAGUAGGAUGACCAGCUCUCAGCCGCAGAAACAAACGCCUACUCCUGCAGCAGGUGGCCAGGGGUUGUAUUCAAAGUACAGUAUUGAUUGUGCGUUCAUU